UCUCGAGGCCUUACCUAGCCAAACCCUAAUACAGCGACAUCUAGCAUCUCUCUAUUCUUUCCAGAGCUGCUCCAAUCACCGACCACUGAACCUUGCUAGCCGAGUCCCCUCUUCUCCAAUCACUGCCUACGACGCCCUGUCGUUCUCCCCGCCCUACGUCAACACCAGAACCGGAUUUAUCAACCCUAAUCCACCAUGGCGGCGAACCUGGCGUUUAAGGCAAUCGCCUACGGCGCCCAGAGGAUCCCCGACAAGGCCUUCGAAAGCAUCCCCGGAGUCGGCCACUAUUUCACCCCACAGGAGAAGAAGGACAUCAAGAAAGGCCGCAAGAAGCGAGAAGACGCGCAUCGGAGCAAGGACGGACAACGACGGCCCAGCAGGACGCAAUCCAACUCGCCAGAUCGUCAUUCUCGUCGCAGCUCUGCCGACUAUAGCGACAUAGACAGCGAGCGCGAAGACCGCAGACACGGACGCCACAGACACCGUAGACGCUGGAGCAGGAGCAUCAGUCGCAGUCUUAGUCGAAGUAGGGACAAGCGCCAAGCUCGACAGGACCAGAUAGCUCAGGAAGAGGAGGAAACGAUGGGGCGAACCGAUCGUGGAGAACAGCACGCGCACUUUUCGCCGCCUCCGACUGGAGAGUAUGCACCUCGCCCGUACAAUCCAGCCGACUAUCCUUCUCCUCCAGCCGCUCCGGCUGUUCCAGUUGCUGCAGUUGCCGGAGCAGCGGUAGGGAACGAGUACUAUCCACCGCCGGCAGGAGGAAACGAGUACUAUCCCCCACCCCCGCAGCCUUCAUACUCGCCUGCAUAUGCGUCUUCCCCGGCAUUGCGCCCUGGCUCCGUUUCGCAAUCUGCAGCAAAGUACACACCUGCAGCUUACACGCCUCCACAAUCUGCCACAUAUGCACCUAGUCCCACCGGCUAUGCGCCCUAUAACCCGGCCGAAUAUGCUGCUCAACAGCCGACCUCUGUUGCGCCGGGCAACAAAUAUCCGUCGCCGCCCCCGUUCUACCGCCAACCAUCAUUUUCCCAGCCAUCCCUAGACCACCACGAGGACCAACUCACCAUCGCAGGUGUCCCCAGCCGCCACGACAGUGGCCGAUCAUCGCAUCGGCACAAGAGGCGCUCCGGAGGCCACUCUCACAGAACGAGGUCUGUGGGAAGUGGACGCAGCCGUAGCCGCAUGACUGACCAAGUCCGUGAUAGGUUGGAUAGACUCAACCUUGACUCGGAGGACAAGAAGUUAGCGGCAGGGGCUGUAGGUGCGUUGGCUGGGGGCAUUGCAGGCAAUCAGGUUCAUCACGGGACGCUAAGCACGCUUGUAGGCAUGGCCAUCGGCGGUCUCGGCGGCGCGACUUUGGAGAAGCGGCACGAGAAGUGAGUGAUAUUCCUUUGUUGUGGCACACAUUGUUUGGUUUGUAAUUUUCUUUUCGGGGGCGGUAUACUGAUCUCCUUUGUUCGGUGGUUUAGAAAAAAAGAAUCCCGGGAUGUCAGCGGCACGGACAAUAGGUCGAGCGGACGUUCGAAAGACCGCCGAGAUCAGAGCAGCCGCGCCAGCAGUCGGAAGCGCCAUGGAAGCAGGAGGGGCAAGGAUCGUG